AUGGCCAAGGGCCAGCAACCUCCGAAACCCACCACCACCACCACAAAUCCGGUUGAGGACACAAACAGUCCAUACUAUUUGCACAAUGCCGAUCAUCCAGGUCUUGUGCUUGUCACUCAUCUUCUCACAGGGACAAACUAUCACACAUGGAACAGAGCUAUGUCAAUGGCUCUCACUGCUAAAAACAAAUACCAAUUCGUUGAUGGAUCACUUCCUCAACCAGACUCGGAUGAUUUACUUUCCUCUUUCUGGAUUCGAUGCAACAGCAUGGUCACUUCAUGGUUACUGAAUUCCAUUGCUCGUGAGAUUGCUGAUAGUCUCCUAUACAUACCCACUGCAGCAGGGAUCUGGAUGGAUCUCAAGGAACGAUUUCAGCAAGGUAAUGGUCCUAGGAUUUUUCAAUUGAAAUCCCAAAUCACUACACUCACUCAAGGAGCUCUUGAUGUGAACACGUAUUAUACACGAUUGAAGACACUAUGGGAUGAAUUGAAGGAAUUUGAGCCUAUGCCUUCCUGCACUUGUGGUGGAUUAAAGGCUUGGACUCUGUACAGAGAACAUGAACGUUCCCUCCAAUUUCUAAUGGGUCUUAAUGACUCCUUCUCCUCUACACGAGCGCAGAUCUUGCUCAUGGAACCAUUACCAUCUCUUGGUAGAGUUUUCUCACUUGUUGUGCAAGAAGAACGUCAAAGAAACAUCCAUUCCCAUCACUCAGUUGGAUAUCCUUCAUCUGUGCCUACUGUCAAUGCCACUCAGAUGCCGGGAAAACCUCGCCGUCCUUUUUGCACUCAUUGUUCCAUGACAGGUCACACCAUCGAAAAGUGCUUCCACCUUCAUGGAUACCCACCUGGUUUCAAGGGAAGAAUGAAGAACAACCCUGGUCAGGGGAAUACUGGUUUCAAUUCGGGCCACAACUCCACUGCUUAUGUUUCAGCAGAUGCUCCUAGCACUGCUUCACACUUCAGGCACGCCUUCUCCAGCACAUAG